AUUGAUGAGCGAAUCGAUUGCAUAGAGUUUGCGAUGAAUUGACAUUCUGUGUGCGAAAGUCAACACAAAACACGAGUUUGUAUUGCAUUUGAUCCGCGACGAGGAUGACUGCUAUCUGAAGACAUGGCCGGCUUUGAGGUGUUUUAUCAGACAAUACGCGCGGACUUGACGUCGAAGAAUGAUCUGCUGGUGGGUUGCGUUCACUUCCAGUGCAUCCAAAGAGGUUUGGUUGGCGUCGGUGUCGGCGAACAGUUCACCGAAACGGAUGAGUCGAGUGCCGGCUCUCAGCUGAUGACCAAUGGGUGGAACCAAUCACAAGACACUUAUGUCUUGAGAUACAUCAACGCAAAGACCAAACAAAAACUGCUCAUUAAAUGCGUCAAAGUGUCGGACAUUUUGAUUGUCUCCGCACUGAUAGUGUCGGCCGACAGCAACGGAUCCUCUGUCACCCUUCAGACCAAUGACUACAUCGCUGACGACUACAAGACAUUCGGCAACGCCUUCGUGUCGGGAAGUGUUGACUCGAUUGCCAAGAAGUUAGACGAAGAAGUGUUUGACAAACUGUGGCCAAAGCCGACGACAGCCACCGAUGAGUCGUCCCUUCGAGAGCCCACUCGUCAACGACACGACCCGUUGAGGGAACCGAUGCCAGCGUACGGACCCAACUAUGGCGGAGGUCUGGGUUACGACCCCAUGUAUGGCGGCGCCCAAUGGCCCCCUCCGUAUGGCGGCGCUGAUUUGGAUCCGUUA